AGAAGUGAAGUGAAGAAGGAAGGACCGAAAGAAGGAGGGUAGAGGAGGAAGGAAACGAUUAGGCUAAAGUUUAUUUGCACUAAUUUUUAUAAUCUAUAUUCCACAUCAGCUUCUUACAGUGCUGUCUAUUAUCAUUCAUCCUUGCGUUUGAUUGAAAAUUAGUUUGCAACAAUGAAUAUGUCAACCAUGCCUUCUCGUGAAUUUCUCUGGGACAUUUUUCAGAAAGUUGACAAAGAUCGCAGUGGUGUUAUUUCUGCAGAUGAACUACAAACUGCCUUAUCCAAUGGCACCUGGACUCCCUUUAAUCCCGAAACUGUGAGACUGAUGAUUGGUAUGUUUGACAAACAGAACCGAGGCACUGUCAGUUUUGAAGAUUUUGGAGCGCUGUGGAAAUAUGUUACUGACUGGCAGAACUGCUUUCGCUCCUUUGACAGGGACAAUUCCGGUAACAUCGACAAGAACGAACUGACACAGGCCCUGACAACGUUUGGCUAUCGGUUGAGUCCUCAGACUGUGGACACUUUGCUGCGCAAGUUUGACAGGUUCGGGCGAGGAACCAUCCUGUUUGAUGACUUUAUUCAAUGCAGCGUUAUCCUCUAUACACUCACAUCAGCAUUCCGUCAGCACGACACGGACCAAGAUGGUGUCAUACAGAUACACUACGAACAGUUCCUCAACAUGGUCUUCAGUCUGAAGGUCUAACCUAGAACCACCUAGAAGAUCUUUUAUGUAUAGUUAUCGGGGUUGGAUUCAUCAGACAUGAAUUCUACAAAUCUGAGGUUCAAGCAAUGUUUUUACUCUAGCAAGAGGUUGUUUGACAGAUAGACAUUUACCAUUUACCGUUUUGACACAUAUUUGGCUUUUAUCAAAGAAAGCAGUGGACUCUUGUGAUGCUUGUAAGCGGAGACAUUAAAGUAUAUAGUAGUUACUAACCAAAUUUUAGACUUGAAGCUGUGAAAAAUUAGUAUUAGGACAAACUGUAACAAAGAAGAAACUAAACAGCGUGCCAAACUUUUGCUUUAACUCAGGUAUUCUUUGUGUAAUGGUGGACCUUUUCUGUGUCAGUAGGUCACUUGUUAGUUAAAAUGAUUCAUCACAAAGUCAGGUAGUGACUUGAAAGUCAUGUGUUGUACAUAGGCUUAAAUCAUAAGGUGUAUUGGUGAACUAUGAAAUAACUUUUCCAUUUUACAAAAAUCGGGGAAAAAGUUGUGUAACUAAUAAUAAAAAAUUGUUUUGUAAAUU